CCGAAGCGUCCCACAGCGUACGCGUACGGAACGAACAGUCUCGUCGCCCUAUCACUCUGGACGUGUUAGGGCGUCGUAAGCACCUGCGCUAUGAUUGGUGCCGCUUGUUUACUGGGCUUUGUUUUCCAUGAGUCGAGUGCCGCGCAACAUCAUAGCGGGUGAAAACACGCGUCCAAGUAGCUUUUCCAGGAUAUGCGUGUUCUCAGAGGCGGAGGCUUGCGAGAAGGUUGGUAGCAAGAUGAUAGACGAGGGAGAAAGUAUAAAAGAACGUUGUCCACCAAUGCAUUCAUACACAGCAUCAAUCUUCGCAUAUCACGCCUUUCUUCGUUCAAAGUCUCUCACUACAUUCUUCAACAUGUUGACCAACCAAGCCCUCGUUACCCUCGCUUUGGCGCUGACCGCCGCCGCGCACCCGCAUCAUGAGCUGUCUGCUCGUGAGGUUGCCGAACACCAAUCUAUCUCCAAGCGAUGCGCCGCCGCGGCAGGUGCUUUUACCAUGCAGCGCAAGAAGCGUUCUUUGGCCAAGCGCCAGACGAUUCUGCCUCGAGACACCAAUGUAACGAUCCAUACGGAAUCUCCCCACUACGAUACUAUCCAGAACGACACCUGUAUUCUCGUUCCCGAGGUCACUGCUGGACCGUAUGUCUGGCCCCGAUCGGACACGCUCAGACAGGAUAUGAGUGAGGACCAGGCUGGUAUCCCACUGUAUCUUGACAUUGGUGUUUUGGACAUCAACUCAUGCUCGCCGGCUGAGAAUAUCUUGCUCGAUAUGUGGCACUGCAACUCCACAGGUAGUUACUCUAGCUUCGAUGGACGCGAUCCCAAUACACCUUUCGAGACACUCCUCGAACAGCUCAACCUUACUACCGCUAGCGAUCUCGAUCUGCAUACAGGAGACUCGACUUGGCUCCGUGGUAUGUGGCCCACCGACGGCAACGGUGUGAUGGAGAUGCAAACCGUCUUCCCGGGAUUCUACAUCGACCGCACGAUUCAUAUCCAUGUGCGCGCGCACACGAACUGGACGGUCCGGGACAACGGAACCGUGUCAGCCAGCAACAUCGCGUCGACGGGACAGAUCUUCUUCGACGAGGAGCUGAGCGCGCAGAUCAUGGCCAUGGCACCCUACUCGAGCCACACUGAGAUUAACCGCACGACCAACUCCAUCGACUCGAUUUACUCAGACGAGACGCCGACUGGGUGGAGCCCGAUCAUCCAGGUUGAGCCCCUCGAUGGCGUGGAUGUCGCUAAUGGUAUGAUUGGGUACAUCACCCUUGGUAUCAAUGUUACGGCCACCAGCUCCGAGUCCAGCUCAGGCGGAGGUCCGUCGGGCGGUAUGCCUUCCGGUGGUAUGCCGUCCGGCGCUAUACCGUCGGGUGCUAUGUCGUCUGCUGUGUAGGCGGCUCGAACAAAUUGAACCAUUGGCUGCGCGAGUGUGAAGUUUAUUGACUUGUAUAAGUCAGUAUGAUAGAGUGUUAUAGCAUGUUCUUUUAUUUAGACCGAAUAUACCGUCUCUGUUUCUCAUUUCUACUGUACGCAGUACUCUCACGAAGCAGCAUUCCCCAGCCGUCUCUUCACAGAUCUACCGAGUGAUAUCUAGACAACCUAGGCUCUCUGGAGUUAGACCACGUUGUUUUCAGCAAAAGAAUUCAAAGACAACAACCCGGUAGGCGUUUAUGAAUUACACUAAAG